UGCGCGUGUUGCCGUCAGUAGCAAAUGUUUCAGUAGUGUGUGUGUAGUUCAUUGGAACUCGUGUUUUACAGGUUAGUCAUGUCCGUCCGUCUAGAGUGGAAAAUGCUCCCAAAUUCUCAUCUUUAUAACAGUUAGCUGUAGCUGUUUAUUAUUUGUAAAUUUCACUGUGAAUUCAAAUUCAAUCGAAAGUCUGCACUGAAAUUUGUUGAGUCUGAUGUGCAAAACUGUGGUAUUGGCAAGUACCGUUAUGUCGAGUGCGUCUAAUUCUUCACAUGUCUUGGAAUGGUCCAUCGUUGAUGUAGAAAAAUGGUUAAAAAUAAAAGGUUUUUCACAAUGUGCGUGCAUACUCAAAGAGCAGUACAUAGAUGGCCGAGCAUUGCUGCUACUCAAUGAAAACGACCUAAAAAGUAUAAACUUGCCCCUCGGUACAGUGAAAAAUUUGGCAUGGGAGAUUCGACAACUGAAAAUUGACAGUCGACAGCUUCUACUUGAACAUGGUUAUGAUCCAGUCAAUCUACAAACCAUCUCAAGAACAAGCUCAGCUGCUAUACAGAGGCCUGAUGUGGACCACGUCCUGAACGCCUACUCGGCAAGCGGCGGGGAGUACGAGUACCUGCACUUGCAGAACUCGAGUCACCACUCGUCCGAGGAUGGCCGAGCGUCCGAGCUGCGACCCGAGUUCUCCAAGGCGCUGAUAGCACUGGCCUACCUGUUCGUCGUCACUUGGAUCACGGCCUUCGUCAUGGUCAUCGUCCACGACCGCGUCCCCGACAUGAAGCGCUACCCGCCGCUGCCCGACAUAUUUCUGGACAAUGUGCCGCAUAUUCCCUGGGCCUUCCACAUGUGCGAAUGGACCGGCACUCUCCUCCUGCUCAUAUGGAUGGUGGUGUUGCUGCUGCACAAGCACAGGUUCAUCCUGGUGCGUCGGUUCUUUGCUCUGUCGGGCACAGUGUUCCUACUGCGCUGCAUCACAAUGUUGAUCACAUCUCUGUCAGUGCCCGGCACCCAUCUCCAAUGCCAGCCCCGGCCCACAUCUUCCCAACCUGAAGAUUACGCACUAGCCGAACUGCUGUCUAAGAUGAAGCAGGCCUAUGUGAUAUGGAAAGGAGCUGGCAUGUCGAUACAGGGCGUCAGAACGUGUGGAGACUACAUGUUCAGUGGUCAUACGGUGGCAUUAACUAUGCUCAACUUCUUCAUCACUGAGUACACACCACGUGACAUCUACCUACUACACACGUUCACGUGGAUGCUGAACAUGUUCGGCAUCUUCUUCAUCCUGUCGGGCCACGAGCACUACUCGAUAGACGUGUUCAUAGCCUUCUACAUCACGUCGCGCCUCUUCCUCUACUACCACACACUCGCCAACAACCAGUCACUCAUGCAGAGAGACACGGGCAGAACCAGAAUCUGGUUCCCGCUGUUCAGCUUUUUCGAGUCAGAUGUCGACGGAAUCGUUCCAAACGAGUACGACACGCUGUUCACACUUACGCACAAGAUUGUCAACUUCAUAAGGCUUGGCUGCAAUCGGGCCGUCUUCCUGUUCCAGAAGAACUUCCCUAGCUCGACGACCAAUGCUGAUAAUUCGUCGCCCAAUGACAGUUCGGCGAGGGAAGCGCUGCUGCGUAAAAAUAAGAAGAAGGAGAAAUGAAAGAAUGGCAAGAGUAGGUGAUGCAGAGUUUUUGAACAGCGUGCCUAAAUCCUUGAAGAGGGUAGUGAAAUGAAAGAAAGAGUGAUGUAGGUACAUCGUUGUAGAACUCCAUUCAAGUAUAGUGGAUAUUAUAAUGGUAUGAUGAAUAUCUGGUAACAGAAAAAUGAUUUGGAAGUGUUAAAUUCAUUCAUAUGAUAUACUAGUCGGGUAUCUGAUAUAUAUGUUAUAUGAAUAGACUGAAUGAAUAGAAUAUGUGAUACCCGACCAAUAUCUCAUAUUAAUAGAAUGGCUGUUAUCACACUUACCGAUUGUCGGCCAACAUUAUAUCGUCACGACACCCAGAAUGUCGUCUUCCGAUUGGCUGAUUUUCACCUACAGCUGAUUGUCAGCCAAUUAGGAAAUUGACUUAUUGGCUCCUAGUGGCUAAUUCUUACCAACAGCUGAUUCUCAGCCAAUUAGAGGAGAUUCUGUGUGUCAUGUUCAAAAAUGUCGACCGACAAUUGGUAAGUGUGAAAACAAUCCCACUCCCUGAAUCAUUCUAGAACCUGCAAAGAAAAUUUAUGUCAUGAAGUCAAAAUAAACCUAGAAUUUUUAGUAGGUUGUCUCUGUAACCUAAUGUAUUGGUUGUUUAAAAUCAGUUGGGUUAAGAAGAAGUGUUUGCAGGAUGUAAAAUGUUAAAUGGAUACGAAGUGUUCUGAGAAUAUAGAUUGUUACAUUGAUGUGAAGCGUUCUCAGAGUAAUUAUCAUUACAUGAAUACGAAGCGUUUUCAGAUUAUAAAUCGGUGUAUAAAGUGGUCUCAGAGUGUAAAUCGUUGAAUGAAUUAUAUUUAUUGCAUUGUAUAGAGUUUUCUUAGAACUCUCUUGGUUAUAAGAAUUUGAAAUGUUUCUCAGAGAUGCGUUCAAAAUCAUGAAAUUUCAGUAAACGUGAUUCCUGUUUCCCCAUAGAAAUAUCACUUUUCUAUUCCAUAUUGUAUAGAAAUUGUCGAUUAUUUCUAUGAAUAGGAGAAUUCCAAAAUGGAUGAGAAGCUUUAAUAAUUUAUUUCAAAGAAAGUCUAUUGAAAAAUUGAUUAUUUUUUCCCAGUCAUUUAUAUUCAAGCUUUACCAUUUCAGGAUUGUGAUUUUCAUUUUUUGGUUAUCAUCACUAGCAUUAUUGUUAGAUUGAACUGACGGUGAAUUCAUGAUAACAUUAGUUUUUAAAUUAGUGUUGAAUUCAAGUGUAAUGGAAAGAAUGAAAACUAUAUAUUGAUGUCACAACUUCAACAACGUUCAUCUAUCACUCAGUUGAAACCAAUAACCAAUAACAAAAAAUUGUUGUAGAGAAGCUUUCAAAGUAUUGCAUAUGAGAAUUCUCUAAUUAAUCGAUUGCGAAUUGAUUAUUUUCUCUAAGAUAUAUUAGGCUAUGCCAAAUUAAAAAGAUUCUUGAUUCGAUGACUUUUUUAUUAAUUCGUGCUAAAGAUUUUCUAUGGGAUCCCUUGAAAUUUUGGCACAGGCAUUUGAAAGUCAAGUUUGGUGAAAUGUUAGUUAUGUAAUAUAUUUUAUAUAUGCCUACCUGAAAUAGUGGUAAAUUAAGUGAACGGUUAGUCACAAUAUUAGUUGGAUAGUAAUUUUGGAAUGAUCAUUUCAUUUCAAUUUAGUUCCUAUUGCUUUAUUAUUUGUAUUUUUCUAUGAUGAUUGAGUCCUUUAUUACAAUUUGAUUAAAAUUUGUAGACACUUGAUUAAAACUAAAUUGAAUAAGAGUAAUUAAAUCCAAAAACUGAAAUUAAUAGAAGAUGAAUAAAUUGAAGAUAGGUCAGAAUAUACGCCAGUUUAGCAAAGCUAGCAAGUUAAUUUAACAUUAUUUUGAAUGCAGAUUAUUAUUAUUAUUUUAGAUUUCCUUCCAUGGUAUGAUAAAUUUAAUUAUAUCCUAAAUAUUUUAUGUUGUAGAUAGUUGGACACUAUAAUAGAGUGGUGCUCAGGCGAAAGUGUUGUAAAUAUUCUAUUGUAAGAUAUUGUAUUACUGUUGUUUUUAAGUUUUGAAGCAAAUUCAAAACUUUUCUAGGGUUCAAAACCUUGAAACUCGUAUUACCAAAGAACAAAAAUAUAAUAAUGUUCAUUGCUUAGCAUAUAUUCGAUAAUCCAUAAAGGUGACCUAUCUAAGAUGGAUGUUAUUUUAGACAUCAAAUAAUUAGAAAUGUAAUAACUAUCAAUUGCAGGUCAAUUGUGUAUGAUGAAUGUAAUUCAUCUUGUUUUUAGAUUUGAAAAGUUAAACUCCGGUGCUUAUAUUAUUCUAUACCAAGCAAAUCACUAGUUCUAGAGAUGAGCUUGCUGCCAAUGCCUUAUUAAGAAAUAAAGCUAUUAUUGGGUACCCCAGGUUUUGGUGCCUAGAGUCAGUAAAUUCGUUAAAUAGGAAAAUGCAAUAGAUUUAAGAAUCCCUUCCUCUGAAAAUUGUUAUAAAAGUAGGCUUAGGUUUCAUAUUAUAACUAGAUAAGGAACCGAGUUCCAUUUCAUAAUUAGAUACAGUAAUGAUGUUGAAUUUUAGAUGGUUUGUGGUUGUAUUUACCAAAAAUUCCAUUCAUACAAUCAACAAUGAUUAAUCUUUUGUGAUCAAUUGAAUCAUAAAGAUAGACGAGCUCAUUUCACAUAUUGCAAAAUACUAAUUUCCAUGGUGAUGAUUCAUUCUUAUUUACUGUAGAAUAUGGCACACUAUCUUACAAACUUGAAAUUAGAAAUGUAUCACUUUUUUGUAGUAACACACUUUUUACUAACUUGCGUCACUACAAAAAAGUGAGUAAAAUUAGUUUCUACUUCAAGUUUUUUAAAUGAAGUAUUGUAGCUAUUUCUAGAAUUUCCAGUUGAAAACUAGACUUCCAAGACUUUACAGUUGGAAAUUACUGAGGUAUUGCAAUUAUUUUCGUUUGAUUAUAAUUAUUUAAUUAUUUCUUGGCCAGCGCAUGUGGUCUAGCGGACUGGAGGUCGCAAAUUCAGUCUUCUUUUAAAUUCCAUUUUCCUAAGACGCUUUUUCUCAUUACCUACGCACAAGUCAUAUGCUUAUGUGGGCUAACAUUAUGUGUACCACAGUGGAUAUGUUUUAAAUUGAAGGAAAUAUUUAUUUCCUCACAGGUAUUAUUCAAUGCCUUUCUAAUAGCUCUAUAAUAUUUGUCUUCAUUCUGAAUGUAAACAGAAAAACGUUCUACUGCUGACUGUUAAUAAGAAACUUAAUUCCAUUGGAAAAGCUUCAGUUUUACAAAAUUUUGUUGAACUGUUGGGUAUAUCAAUCUAUAUACAGAUGUGCCAGUUCAUGUACAAAUUAUUUAAUUAGAUUGAGGCCCGGUUUCUUGGAUACUUAUUAAACCUAAUAAACCAUUAAAACUAUAGAUUUGAUGGUUCAUUCGAUUUAAUGAGUGUCCUUUUUCCUAUAAACCGGACCUGAGCAACACAAACUAUUGUUUCAACUCUUCAAGGUGCCAACUAAUUUUAAUCAGACCUUAAAUCUUAGCUCCUCAUUUCACUCCACUUGGAACUGGUAAAAAAACGUAGAAAUAUUUUUACUUUCACUCAGGCUCGGAUCAAAUAAGUCUCAUAAUAUCUAUUCUAUAACAAUUCAAAAUUUUCCUUUUCCAAAGAGUAACAUAGGUCUUCAAGUAAUAAUAUGUGAGUAGAAUAAUCAAUUGCUGUAUACGAGAAAUUAAUAAACUGUUGUGAUAAUUCACACGAUCCCUAAAUCUUCAUCAAAAGUAAAAUUUCAUUUAUUCUUAUCAAAUUAACUACAGAUGAAUAGUACAUGUGAUUGUUAAGACUCUUCAAUUCAGGUUGAUAGCCUCUCAGACUGUGGUUAAUUUAUUAGGUGUGUGCUCACAGGGAGCAUUCGAAUCGGUCUUACGAGGUUAUAGAUAUAGUUGAUAUCCAUAAAAUUAUAUAGAAACUGUUACAUAGUUAGGAUAUACUUAUAUUAUAUAUUUAUAUGAAAUAUAUCUAUAUCCUCUCAAGACCACUGGAACUCUGAACUUCUAACCGCUCUCUUUGUGCUCACGCCCUAAACUAACAAGCUUUUUAUAUUUUGAAAAUUAUUUUUAUGAAGAAUUUGAAUCCUCUUCUUGCGUUCUAAUACUAAAAACCUAAUUAAUUCAUGGAGAUUUUUGUGUCAUACUAAAAUGAUUACUCAUAACACCAAUAUUUUAUAAUGUAGUGGAAUAUUUCCUUAGAACUCUUGCUUUGCACAGUUUAUUUUUCAAACUUGUACAGUAUUUUGCAAAUUUAAAUUGUACGGUACAUACUAUUGGAACUCGUCAUGUUUCUCAAGCAUUAUAUCAUCUAUCAUUUUAUGUACUCUUACUUAGCUUUACUGAGUAUUUGUGUACGUUUAGUUUGUUGAAAUAAUAUUUAUUGGUCUAUUCGUCAUGAUUUAUUAUUCGAAAUGUGCUAAACUACUUUACUUUUAACAAUUACAUUUCCCUUAUAAUCGAAUUGUAAGCUUGAAAUUGGAUAGUUUAUCAUUUUUAUAUAAAACAAAUUCUACUCGA